GUUUUAUGUGAAGGACUGUCAACAAACAAGAUGGCGGCGGUCUGUACGUAGCGGUAUAUACUUGAGAAAAGGUGAAAGCUAGUGCUGGCGGUUUUAAAGACCCUCAGAGUUGAGCUUCGGGCUGAACUCUUCUCUGCAGUGAAGUCAUGGUGCUGAAGAUCUUCUUCCCUCAGUGCUGUAACCGGGCCGACAGUGGGCUGCUGGUGGGACGAUGGAUCACCGGACACGACUCGGCGGUGGUUCUGGCCGUCAUCCACUACCCUUUCAUCCCCAGCCAGGUCAAACAGUAUGUCCAGCAGAUGCAGGCUCAGAGCCGGGUCGAACUGUCAGUGCUCGGGUCCUGGAGUUUACCCAAAGAGGGUCAGGAGGGCAUGGAGAGCUUCCUCCGGGACCUGAGCACCAUCUUCCCCCAAGAACGCUGGCUUCAGAUCAGCCGACAAAUGGGCAAGAUGGGCUUCACCUGCCAGGUCCUGGACCGGGAUCAGAAUGGAAAAGUAGUGCAGCGGGCAGUAAAAAAAGAAAAGAAGGAAGUGAAGGAUGAUAAUGAGGGUGAAGAGGAACAGGAGGAGAAGGAAGAGGAGGAGGAGAAGGUGAUCUUCAUCCACUACGAGCAGAGGAAGGUGAUGCUGUCAGAGCUUCAUCGUAUCGAGAACGGCAUCCCCGCCCCCAAAGCCGAUCCACCGUCUGAGCUGAGCCAGAUGUUUGAGACGGUGGCGAACAGUCAGCCUCUGUUCUUCAUGGAUAAAUACGACGACGGGCCGCUGAAGUCGACUCACUGGCAGUCUGAGGGCCGCGAGGCCAGCAUCAUCGUAGAGCUGCUCAAACAGGCAUCCGUCCCGCUGUGUCUGCUCAUCAGCUGGAUGCUCUCCAUCUGGACCUGGAUCUGUAAUCUACGGAUCUUCAGUCUGUACCCGGUUCGCUUCCUCUCGUCCAAACUGUCCACAUGCGUCCAGCUGAGCUACAGAACCGAACACAUGAGGGCGCUGUGUUCGCCGAAAGCGGCCGCCGGACACACACAGUUCAUGAGAAAAGCCAACAUCCUGGUGUCCUUCCUGGUGGACGUGGCUCUUGGGGUCUUACUCAUGUCGUGGCUCUACAGAGACGACCACAUCACAGCGUUAGCCAACACCCUGGUACCUGCAGCAGAUCACGUGGCCAAAGAGCUGGAGGAGCUGCUGCAGUGGCUGAUGGGAGCUCCUGCAGGGCUGAAGAUGAACCGGGCCCUGGACCAGGUCCUGGGUCGCUUCUUUCUCUACCACAUUCACCUGUGGAUCAGUUACAUCCACCUCAUGUCCCCGUUCAUCGAGGGGAUCCUGUGGUACGGAGGUCUGUCUGCCUGCCUGGGCUUGACCUUUGCCCUCUCGCUGCUCUCUGACAUGGUGGCCCUGCUCACCUUCCACAUCUACUGUUUCUACGUCUACGGAGCCAGGCUGUACUGUCUGAAGAUCUACGGCCUCUCGUCUCUUUGGAGGCUCUUCAGAGGGAAGAAGUGGAACGUCCUGCGGCAGAGGGUGGACUCCUGCUCCUAUGACCUGGACCAGCUUUUCAUUGGGACGCUGCUGUUCACCGUCCUGCUGUUCCUGCUGCCCACCACAGCGCUCUACUACCUCGUCUUCACUCUGCUGCGUCUGGUGGUCGUGCUGUUCCAGGGCGUCAUCCACCUCAGUGUGGAUUUCAUCAACUCCUUCCCUCUGUUCGCUGUUGGACUCCGCAUCUGUCGGUCCUACAGACUGGCAGAUGGUGUGAAGUUCAGGGUGCUGUGUGAUGAGCCUGGGACGUGCCUUCACCUGCUGAUGGAGAUUAACCCACUGAAAUGCAGCACAGUGGUUCAGACCUACCGCACUCCGACCUACAGCUGCUACCCUAAAGACUCAUGGGCCGCUCUGAUCAAGAAACUGUUCGUUGGGGAGUUGAUUUACCCCUGGAAACACAAAAGCACCAAGACUGAGUGAGAGACGACAGCCAGAAACA